AUGGAAAAAGAGUUAGUUAGAACUCGUUUUGCUCCUAGCCCAACCGGAGAAUUACACGUCGGGGGAGCUCGGACAGCUCUUUUCUGCUAUCUUUUUGCCAAGAACCACUAUGGGCAAUUUAUUCUCCGUAUUGAGGACACCGAUACUAAAAGAAAUCAGGAGGGAUUUGUUAACAGUCUAUACCAAGACUUACUAUGGUUAGGAAUAAAACCUGAUGAAACAAUUUUCCAGCCUGGUGCUUAUGGACCUUAUCGGCAAACGCAAAGAUUAGACAUUUACAAAAAUUAUAUUAACAAAUUAAUUGAAGAAAAAAAGGUUUAUUAUUGUUUCUGUUCACCCGAAGAAUUAGCCCAAGAAAAAGAAGAAUACAUAAAAAAAACUCGAAGAAGUAACUAUCAAUACUCAAGGAAAUGCUUAAAAAGGUCAGGAAGUGAAGUCCAUUCCUUUCUCCAAAAAAAAAUUCCUUAUGUGCUACGCUUGAAAGUUUCCCAAGAAAAAAAUUAUUCUUUUCGCGAUUUAGUGAGAGGAGAAGUAGUUUUUCAAGGUCAAGACAUUGAGGAUUUUGUCCUUUUUCGGCAAAACGGCAUCCCUAAUUACAACUUUGUUUGCGCUGUUGACGACUAUUUAAUGAAAAUUAGUCAUGUUUUACGAGGCGAAGAGCAUUUAUCUAACACGGGGAAACAAUUAGUCAAAAGUAUACUUGCUGAUUUAACUCUGAACGAGAAAAACGGGAAUGAAUUAAGCAGGACUUUUCAGAUUCGGAAAAGUGAUGACGAAAAAAAGUUACUUAUCAGCGGACUAUCAGAAGAAGACGUAUAUAAAAUAGACUGGCAAGCAGGCGCUAAAAAGCCUAUUCCUUAUACCACCACUACUGACCUACAAUGGCACGAGAUCAAAGACAAACCAAUAGAGUUUGAAGGUCUUCCUGAAAUAAAGGAAGAUAUAAGAAUACCCAAAACUAAACUUGAUAUUGAAAAUUCAGGCGACCUUUUCGCCGAAAGCGCCACUGUUCCUAAAGGAGUCCUAUUAGUUGGACCGCCAGGCAAUGGAAAAACUUUGUUAGCUAAAGCAUUAGCAGGAGAAUGCAAAUUACCUUUCAUCUUUCGUUCAGGAUCAGACUUUGAAGAGAUGGUAGUUGGACUAGGCUCACGUCGGGUGCGCGAACUUUUUCAACAAGCCCGUAACUACCAGCAAGGCUGCAUUAUUUUUAUUGACGAGAUCGAUUCGAUCGGUCGCAAGCGCUAUUCAGGAAAUAACCAUGCCGAACUUACCCUCAAUCAAUUGUUAAAUGAAUUAGAUGGCUUUCGUCCACGAGAAAAUAUUAUUAUUCUAGCUGCCACCAAUUCCUUAAAUGUUUUAGAUAGUGCACUAUUGCGUCCCGGGCGUUUUGAUCGCCAAAUCUACAUCCCCUUACCAAAUCAAAAAGGACGCCGGGAAAUCAUUAUUUUAAAAAUUCGAAAAUUAUCUUUAAGCAAAGACUUUGAUUUAGAAGAAGUCAUAGCAUUGACUAAAGGACUAAGUGGAGCACAAAUAGUAAAUAUGCUAAACGAAGCUUCAAUUUUGAGCAUCCGUCAAGGAAAAAGAGCAAUUGAUCAAGAGAUGAUCUUUGAAGCUUAUGACCGAGUGCUGAUGGGCCCUUCAUUAAGUAGCCAAAAUCUCACCCCCCAAAAGAAAAAAAUAGUUGCUUACCACGAAGCUGGACAUGCCAUUAUUGGAGCAAGUUUACCUGAAACUAAAGUAAGAAAGAUUACUAUUAUUCCUCGUUUAAUGGCGGGUGGAGGUCGUGCCAGCGAAGAACUAAUUUUUGGAGCUGAAAAUGUCACAGUCGGUGCUUAUGAUGAUUUUAAGAAAGCUUCCGAAAUAAUUCGCGAGCUAAUCUUUAGUUACGGAAUGUCUGACUUAGGAAUUAUUCCUACCCAAGAAUCCUUUUUCAAAAGCGAAGAAAUUGCUACUGAGUUACCUGAAACCUCUAAACAAAAAAUUGAAGCAGAAAGAGAAAAAAUCCUCAAUCAAUGCUGGAAAAAAGUUAAAACCAUGCUUCGACAAAAGAAGAAAACCUUAUCGUUGCUAGCUGAACAAACUACGGAAUACGCUAACGAAUUGGAAAAAAAAGGAAAUUUAAAAGAAAGUUCUAGAAUUAGGGAAAAAAACUAUCCUAUUACUAUUCUCUUCAGAAACAAUGUCAAUGAAGCAAGCCUAGAAAAAUAUCCCCAAGAAAUAGACUACUAUUUAUUAAGUGAUAGGGAAAAAAUAGGCGCUUUGGGCAGCGAGAUAAAAACACUAGAAGUUCAAAUCAAUGAAAAUCCAGAAAUAGAAAACUUAGCAGCAAAACUACAACGAAAAAAUAAUUUAACAAAAAGGCAAAUUUUCCCUCGCGAUCAAAUGAUUCUUCUUCGUCUUCAUUCAACUACCGAAGAAAGCCGUGAAAAGGCCUUGAAAUUACUGGAAAAUUUUUCGCCGGCCUUUACUCAUAGUUCUUAUCUCAACGAAAAUAAUUUAGAGAAAUUGGUUUCUUAUGAAACAUUAGAAUUUUUAGGGGAUAGCAUAUUAAACUUUUAUGUUAGUUUGUUUAUUUACCAAACUUUUCCCGAGUAUUCCGAAGGAAAGAUGAGUAAGUUAAAACAGUUGAUGAUUCAAGAAAGUACCUUAGCUUACCUCAGUAGAAAAAUUAAUCUAGGAGAGUUUCUUCGUUUAGGAACUGGAGAAAAGAAAAAUCAUGGAGAUGAUAAAGAUAGUAUAUUAGCCGAUAUAUUCGAAUCUUUUAUCGCCUCUCUUUACCUAGAAAAAGGGGAAAAGAGAACUAAACACCAGCAAUUAUUUGUGGUCGAAGCAAUUUUAGAAGACCGAUCCUGGAGAGAAAAUAAUCAAAUUACUAAAAAAAAAAUAGUCUUCCAGGAAAGCGGAAUAGGAAAAACUAAAAAAGAAGCCGAACAAGAAGCAGCAGCAAAAAUACUGGCUAAAAUAAAAAGGAACCUUUUGAGUGAAGAGGGGCAAAAGAACGCAGAGAAAGUCAAAAAAAUUAAAGAAGCGACUACUUUACUAGAAAAGGAGUUAAACUCACUAGAAAAGGAGUUAAAUGACUUGAUCAACCAACUCCCCAACCCACCUGCUUCUAACACUCCCACUAAUGAAGAAGGAAAUAGAAUUAUUGAUAAUACUAAAUAUCAGCACCAUAUUCAACACAAUUCAACUCACGAAGAAAUAUUAAACAAACUAAAAUUAAUUGACGAGGAAAAAAAUAUACUCCUUUCUGGUAGUAAAUUUGCCGUUUAUCAAGGUUUAGGUAGUAAACUAUUACAUGCCCUUAUCAACUUUAUGCGAACAGAAAAUAGCAAGCGUGGCUACCAAUUAUUUGACAUACCCUAUUUAGUAAAUGAUCACAACCCUUAUAACACAGGUCAAUUACCGAAGUUUAAAGAAGACAUUUAUAAAGUAGAAAAUAGUAGAUUUUAUCUAAUCCCCACUGCCGAAGUAAGUUUGGUUAACCUUUAUCAAAAUCAAAUUUUAACUGAAGGAGAACUGCCUUUGAAUUUAUGCGCUUAUAGUCCUUGUUUUCGGGCCGAGGCCGGAGCUGCAGGACAAGAAAAUAAAGGUUUAAUUCGUUUACACCAAUUUCACAAAGUAGAAUUAGUAAAAAUUACUAAACCAGAAAAAUCAUACCAAGCGUUAGAAAAAUUAGUAGAAGAUGCACGAAAUAUUCUCCACUUACUAAAAAUCACCCACCGGAUAAUCGAACUGUGCCACGCUGAAUUAGGAUUUAGCGCGGCUAAAACUUAUGAUAUUGAAGUUUGA